ACCAUGUGUUAAAAUCCACUAAGAUAAAAACGCUAAUCCCUCUGUUGCCUUGAGCAAACACCACAGGACAUAUAUCUACAAGUUCCGUCGAUCGCCUUCUGGACCAAUGACUGGCUUCAUGUCUGGGAUGCUUGUCUACAUGUUCUAAUACCGGGCGAUAAACUUCCAACGUGUAGACUCCCUCAUCGUACUCUGUGAUAGAAAAGCCCCGCACUUGCAGGUGAUCUAGGCAUCUUCAGAUUCGCUGCUCGACAGUCAACGGGGCUGUCAUGUACAAUAGCCCCAGAGAGGAAAGGCGUGGUUUGGGUACAAAAGACGCCGAUAAAAAAGUUUACAAAGUGUGUUCAGCGGGAAUGCUCGUGGGAGGACUUGUGAUCAAUAUUUUCUGUACAGUGAUCACACACAGUUGGUAGCCGCUGGCUCGUCAGUCUCGACUUGUUAGUCCUGCAUAGUCUAACGAAGUGAAUGAAAGUGUGACCGGCGCCUGGACUGUAUUAAUAUUGGGUUGAGACCAGUUUUACAUCAUGGUCAACGCCAGUGACAGCAUCACGGAGCCUCCAUAUUACGACUUCGACCUGUCACAGCAGCUCUACCCCGUGGAAAGGCGUUAUGUCCCGCCCUGGGAGAUAGGGCUAAAAUGUGUGUUUUAUACAAUCAUAAUUGCGUUUUCACUCCUAGGCAACUUUUUGAUUGUCGUGAUUGUGUAUCGUCACAAACGCAUGAGGACUACGACGAACUUCUACAUUGUCAACUUGGCAAUUGCUGACCUGAUGGUGACGGUGUCGUGCACGUGGGUCUCUCUCGUCGAUGACGUUACCGAGGGAUGGGUACUCGGGGAGUACUUCUGUAAAUUCAACACUUUUGCUCAUGUUCUCUCCCUUGUUGCCAGUGUGCUGACCUUAACCUUGAUCGCCUACGACCGAUUCUUUGGAAUUGUGUUUGCCAUGAAGGCACAUAUGUCAGAGAGAAAAGCUAAAACCUCCAUAAUAGUUGUAUGGUUGUGUUCGGUGAUAGUGGGAUCUCCUUUGCUGUUUUUCCGAGUUUUAAAAAAACGUCAGUGGAAGGACCAUUUAGAACUCUGGUGUGACGAUGAGUGGCCGGUGGAGGAGAUUCUGGACCCAACCACGAAUACAACAAGGACUGAAAUGCCAUGGCGAACUGCUUAUUAUACGGGUGUCUCCGUUGUGCUGUUCUUUAUGCCUAUGUUGGUUAUGUCUGUGGCGUACUCCGUCAUCAUCUGGACACUCAAAACACAAACUGCCCCAGGGGAGAAUGUGCCACGUAACAACUCAGGCCAGAACAGAGCGAGGAAGAAGGUGAUCUUCAUGUUGAUUGUCAUCCUUGUGGUGUUCGCUGUGUGCUGGCUGCCCACCCAGGUGUACCUGCUCUACACAGAACAUCGCUCAGAGAGGCUCCCGAUGGGAGAAUGGUAUCCGAAGUUUGAAUUUGCAGCCAGGUAUCUUGCAUAUUGCAACAGCGCUCUUAACCCACUAAUUUAUGCUGGGUUUAAUGACAAUUUUAAACAAGGCUUAUGGAAAAUCCUCGGUAUGGCCACCCGGAAGCCUUCCUUCCUCUGUGGAGAGGGGAAGUCCUACGGCACCUACAGCAGCACUGGCUUGACGUCGGUCCAGCUUGUAACAGCGCCUGGUGCGGACAGUCCAGUGAAAGGAGGCAUGGCUGUGACAGCGGUAUAGAGCAGUGAUUCGGGGAUCAUGCCGUGUCUAAAACUGGUGUCCUGCUACACAGUUGAGAGUCAGUACAGUGAAAUAGUCAGUACAGUGAUCACGUUUUGACAAAAAUGAUUUAAAUCAAUCCAAAAAGAAUAACGUUACUACCAUGAUCCGGUACCCUCUACAUCAAAGCAUGUCUCGACAGUGUUAAUUAAUAGGUCUAUCGCUGGAAACACAUUUUCCGUUUUACCACUCGACUGGUCCAAAACGUGUUCAUCAUCACGAAGUGAUGCGAGGCCUUCUGUACGAAUCUACCAAAGAAACAGCUGAGUUACAUGUACAUCUGGAUACGAUGGAUUGGGGUUGGAUUGCUAACAAGCUAAUGAGCUGUUCCAAAUAAUUACUUUCACACAGGAUACUUACGUAGUGUUUACGAUUAGUAAACUCACAGGAAGCAUCAAAUGUCAGAUAUAGCAGUUUAAGUAGAGACAAAGACAGUUUCCGCUGCACUAUGACGAAUCUGAGGGUCAUCAGUUUCAUUAUCCACUGAAUUACAGUAAACCCUUGUUAAACUGGACGGCACCAUUCCCAGUGAAAUCGUCCACUGCGGAAUAGUGUUUAAUAGUAAAUAAUAAAAACAUGUAUUUGAAUCGUACAAUGUAUUCUGCUUUUCGUAGAUUUCCUAUGAUUAUGAUCAUGUUUUUGUCGCUUUUAUUUAAUCCACGCGGUCCAGAAGAAGUGGGUUUCAUUGUAGUCUGUGCAUACAGAAGGCUUUGUUUUAACUACGGGGUCCCGACGUUUUGGGUUUCAAUGUACACUGUACAUACAAAAGGCCUUAUUUUAACCAACGAGGUCAAGACGAAUUGGAUUCAUUGUACACUGUACACGCGGAGGGCGUUGUUGUAACUAACGUGGUCCAGACUUGCGAGGUUUCAUUGUACACUUGUAUACAGUGCAUAUAUGUGUCACAUAACUGCGCGUGAAAAUCAACUGCAUCAAUGGAGCCAAUCCAUCAUUCCCUACCUUGAUGUGCGAACAGCUGACGUAUCGUAAUCUCCAGCACCUGGAUAUCAUAAUUCAAUGUGUAGUCAUGAAAUAUACUUGAACGAGAAGCCGAGGUAAUGAUCUGUCUGCCCCGCGAAACCUGCAGAAUUCAGUGCAUAAGUUGAUAGGAUUCCGAAAUAUUGUGUUACCACAACAUUAAUUUAUGUAUUUGUUCUUUAAAGCGUUCAAGCUGAAACAUAAAGUGUUAGGUAUGCUUCACAUUGAUGGGUUAGUGUCUACUAUCAUACGCGAGCUGGUAGAGUGUAAUGUUUUCGGCGAGCACCUUAAUGUGGCUUCGUUUGCACAGACUGUCCUUGAACAUAUUGAUAUUGUAAUCCUUAUAUGACCGGACGAUGGGCCUGUCAAUCAGCAUUACUCUCAGCAGCACGUUCUACAGGAUCGUGUGCUAACAGGAGUUUUCAUUUUUUAAUUGGGACUGUAUGUACAAACGGCGAAAGCCGAAGCCACAGGGUAAAUGCCAAGUAGGGUGGUCAGUUUGUACAUAGACUACUCGUUGUUCUCCUGUAGUAUCAUUAUCUGCAUAUUCCGUAGUGUGAGUUGGGCAUAUGGUAACAUGAUGAAGGCUUAAAUGUUAACAGGGAACGUGUAAUGGUUAUAGAUAUUGCACUCAUUGUUGGACUAGGUAUUAGUUUCGGGCCGCUGCUCAGUUUUAAUUUCAACAGUUCGAUUUACACUUAUAGGUCUAAAGCAAUACUUCUCUCCGUAAAUGUUGUUUCACGGAAAUUGGUAAUGAAUGUAUGUCAGUCAUUUCACGGCGUGUCAGCUUUAUGUGGAGGAAAGCUCGAAAUUAUGCAGGUCUAAGUAUACCACUUUCGGGAAAACCACGAGCACAGGUAUGGUGCUGACAAUCCUAGAAACAUAAUGAGGGCGGAUCUCGGAUUCGAACUCAUGGUCAUAGAUUUCUCACACGCCUUAGGCCCUUUAUGAUUUGGAUGUAGGAGUAAGUAUUUUACUUACUUUUUGCGGUGAGCUGUAGUACAAGUUAAAUUAACAUGUCGUUUGUGAUUAUGAAAGACUGCAUCUCAUAAUAAUAUUUCCAUAUCAACAUGUUUUCAAAAUGUUUAUUUUGUAUAUAAAGUACGCUAUUUUUCUACUUUAAAUGUACUUACAUGCGGAAAAUGCGCAGCGAAACCACCGAUCGCUAUCUAAGUAUAUAAACAACGUUUAAGUUCGUAUUCGUCUCUUUUUUCCAAAUAUGUUCCUAUCUAUACCAUGUUAUUGACCCUCGAUUGUACAGGAAAAUUGAAGUAGUUAAUUCUUUUCAACCCCGUGUUCAGUUAGUCUACUUUAUAUUUGUUUAUGUGUUUGGUGUUUAACGCCGCACUCAGCAAUAUUCCAGCUAUAUGACGGCGGUCUGUAAAUAAUCGAAUCUGUACCAGACAAUCCGGUGGUUGAUAUCAUGAGCACCGA